ACCAGCUGAGACCCGGAGGCUCGAGUGGACGUGUUUUCUUUUCACAGUGCAGUCGGAUCCAGAGCAGCCAGAGGUUCCAGAGCAGGCAGAGGAUACAAGAGGAGAGCAGGGGUGACUCCUGACCGCCUGGCUCGACACACCGUGCCCCGGCCGCGGGAGCCUGGAUCCCGCAGUGCGCGCGUCUCUUCCCUCGCUCCUCCGGUGCACGUCGUGGUUCGGAGGGAGGCUGUGGGAGGCUGAGGCAGCGGCCGGCGGUGGGAGGGCUCCUCCGUGUUUACUGUGGAGCGGAGGCAGAAAGCAGAGCCGCUCCUCCGCCCACUCCUCCGGGGCGCAGCGCGCAGACACGAUUUCGCAACCGCCGCCGCCGCCGCUGCCCCGUUUAAAUGCGCGGAGGAGCGGCGCGGAGCAGACACCCGCACUCACCCCGCAGACACGCACCCUCAGCCCCGCAGACUGGAACUAACAACAAGGGAACAGACGAGCAGCUUCUCUUCACCGCAUCCCGGACCCGUCUAUCACCUGGUCGCACGGAGAGAAGACCUCCAUCACACUGUGAUGGACGGCCCGGCUGAGGCCACAGGGCUGUGAACUCGUGGACGGUGGAUCAGCUGUUCUCUCCUGACUUCACGUGGAGCCGUGAGACUUUUCUACUCGACCUGUUUGUCUGGGACUCAACGUCCACUUCGAUUCUCUGCUGGUGAAGAUCACGAGGAACCAAAGUUUUCCAAAAUGGAGACACUUUCCCAGGAUUCCAUUCUGGAGUGCCAGAUCUGCUUCAACUACUACAGCCCCCGGCGGCGGCCCAAGCUCCUGGAUUGCCGUCACACGUGCUGCUCGGUGUGUUUGACCCAGAUGCGCAGCACCCAGAAGGAGAUCCGGUGCCCUUGGUGUCGCGGCGUCACCAAGCUGCCGCCGGGGCUGUCCGUCUCCCAGCUCCCGGACGACCCGGACGUCAUCACGGUCAUCGCCAUCCCUCACGCCUCGGAGCACACGCCCGUCUUCAUCCGCCUGCCCAGCAACGGCUGCUACAUGCUGCCCCUGCCCCUCGCCAAGGAGCGGGGGCUCGGCCUGCCGGGGGAGCUGGGCUGCCGCUUCCUGCCCGGCGGCCAGCAGAAGGGGGUCACGGUGGUGACCAUGCCCGAGCAGCAGCCUCUGGGCCUGGCGAUGGGUCUCGAGGCCAUGGGGAUGGACGGCGGCGACAUGGAGAGGAGGGUCACGGGCCCGGUGGGAGGAGCCGGGAAGGGCUCCACGUGGUCCGGCGUGUGCACGGUGAUCCUGGUGGCCUGCGUGCUGCUCUUCCUGCUGGGCAUCGUGCUGCACAACAUGUCCUGCAUCUCCAAGCGCUUCACGGUCAUCUCCUGCGGCUGAGGGCGGGGGGGAGGCUGCUCGGGCUGACGCAGGACCCCCCAAACACCCCCCCUACCCACCCACCCACCCAACCACCCUGGAUUCCCCCACCGGCCCGGUGCGUCUCCUCGAGGCCGGACACCGGAGUGAACUCACAUCCCGGGCGUCCGAGGAAACUACAGAGAGAAUCUCAACGGUCCUUGUUUCUCUAAAUGGAAAAAACAUUUGAAACAUUUUGAAAGAACGCUCGAGUAAUUAAUUCAUCCUGGUUCUGGUCAGCUGAUUGGUUUCCCUCCCGGCUGAUUGGUUGGGUCUGACCCAGUGGGAUUGCCUGUUUAGUUUGUGGUCUGUAGAAGUCCAUCAGUUGUCGUCGUGUUGUGUAGAUGAGUCGUAGGUUCUGAGCUGGUGUCCGGACUCGGCUCUGUUCUCUGUUCUCCGAUGCAGGAUCCACGUUCAGUUCCUGAAAACUGUGAAUCACUGAAAAGAGAGAAAAACAAAUCAACACAACUUUUUACUUCAUCUCUUUUUUGUCAAAAAAUACAGUGGAUUGUGGAUUGUGAUGUUGGCACGUGCCCGAGGAUCAUAAAGACACAGGGUUUGAGUUUGAGAUACAUGAUGAUCAGAUUAAGUGUGUGUUGGUAAACGAUUGAUAAAAGGAAAACUGACAAUUCCAGCGGCGCAUUUACAUUAAUAUAUUUGUCUGCUUGAACAAAAACAUGCAUUUUGUCCUCAGAACUCACAGUGUUCAGCAUCUUCUGCUAUUCACUCGACUUAACCAUCGUUAAUUAUAAUAAUGAUGGUCGGACGUGCAGGAUGCUAACUGCCAAAGUCCACAGGCUGUCUCACAAAGACAUGUCUCAAAAUACUUAGAAUUGGUGAAACUGCAACAAUUUAAACGUUCGGCACAAACUACAACUUUAAAAUUUUACAUGUUUAAAAGUUUACAAAAUGAAAGGCGUGCACAUUUUAGCACAUUAGAUAUUUAAUCAGUUUCCUCUUUUUUCUUUCUUAAAGCUAAGCUAAGCUAAUUGUUUCGAGAAAAGCCACUAAACCAAAAUGACAAGAAUAUUCCUGAAAGGUUCAGUGUGUAAAGUUUCGGUGAAAAGGCACAAACUGAAUAUUAAAUUAUAAGAGUGAUGUUUUCACUUGUGUGUCUUUCAUCUCAAUUGUAUAACUUGUUGAUAAUGGGCCCUUUAAGUUUUAAAACUUUAUAUUUACAUCAGGAGGUGAGGGGUGUUCAGAUGCAAUAUGACACUUCACCACUAGAUGUCACUAUAUUCUACACACUGAACCUUUAAAAAUAAAACAGCUAAAUUUGACACAAACAAAUUUGGUUUCACAUUUGUUGUAAUUUUCGUUUAGUUUUUCUCGAUUUCCCACGAUUUCGUAUUCGACCUCUUUCACACCGGUCAUCCUCUGGAGCCCCCCCCCCCCCACACCAUCGACUCGAUAUGCGAGUAGCGGGUCAGCGGCGGGUCGGGAGUGGGCGGCGCUGCAGCUAACGAGGGACGUAUUGAUUGAUCUGGUUUUGAACCCCUCGUGCACAGAGCUGGACGUGUGCGUUGUGUGUUUGUUGACAGCGUGGUUGUACAGCGUUAACAAACAGGGUGAACUCUUUUGUACAGCCGCCUCGUCGUGUGCAGAGCGAUUGUAACUUUCUCUGAUGAUUUUGUCCUUUUUUUCGUGGACGUGUCUCGUACGAUGGGAGACGAGUGACUGACACCACACGAGGAAAGACCGUUUUAAAAAGUGUUUAAAUAAACUGCACCAAAAUGUUAUAAAUAAAUAUAAAUAACUUUUCUUCUCUUUUUGAUAUUGUUCUGCUCGUUUCUUUUCAUAGACUGAAACAGUUUCUUCUCUUAAAGUUUAGUUAUAUAUGAUUUGGUUCGACGUCCCGUGACAUCUUUCAAAAUAAAAGUAUCUGCCGCCAAAGUAGAUUCUGAUGUUUUCACACCAGAGAGUCUGAAUCCAGCUUCCUGUGUUUGUCCCAUAGUUUUAUUUUGAUCAACUUCCUGUGUUUUCACUCUGCAAACCAACAGACCCAGGGUUCAGUUGGAUCCAGAUCCAGAUCUCUUCCGGGUCUUGAUCCAACAGAUCCUUGGUUCAGUUGGAUCCAGAUCCAGAUCUCUUCCGGGUCUUGAUCCAACAGAUCCUUGGUUCAGUUGGAUCCAGAUCCAGAUCUCUUCUGGGUCUGAAUCAACAGAUCCGUGGUUCAGUUGGAUCCAGAUCUCUUCUGGGUCUGGAUCAACAGAUCGGUGGUUCUGUUGGAUCCAGAUCUCUUCUGGGCUGAGGAACCGUUCACACCUGAGGUUCAGGUUCAGACUGAACUGAAGAGUCUGAAGCUCUGAACCGAACCAGGUGUGAACGAGUCCUGAGAGUCUGGGACACAGGAUCUUAUUAAAUUAAAAAUGUAUUUAUCCAUUUUGCAGCUGGAAGAUUUCCUGCAGAUGAAUUUUAAGAAGCUGUUGAGCCUCAGCCGCGCUCAGCAGCUUCUGUUGCUAUGAGACGUUUGAAGUCGCUGCUGAAAGUUGAAAUAUUUUUAGCUCGUGGCUUCGAGCUCCAAAAACAUGAAUUCUCAGAAAUGUAAGUGUUUUUUUCUUCUGGCUCGGUUUCACCCAGUAUAAUCAAAGAUUUAUGAAUAUUCUUUUUGGACCUCUCGUGGUGUGACAUGUCAGUUUUUAUUAUUCGUACGACUUCAAUAAAACAUUCUUCGUUUUAAACGACUUCUUUAUUAAUGCUUUGAUAAUGUUUGAUAGUUCUAUAAUAAGCCAUUUAAGUGAUUUGAGGUUCUCAGGUUGAGGAGAGUUUCCCCUGGUGUUCAUCAUCCUCUAUAACGUCAGUUCAUAAUAAUGAUGCACUGGCAACCCGACACAUCAUUAAUGUGACAUUAUUGAUCUGUAAAGUUUUAAUUAAUGUUUAUUGAUAAGCCAUUAAUUACGAUGAACCCCUUAUGAGCGAUACACACAUUCAAUCAAUGCUUUACAACACUGAAAUAUGUGAAAGAAGUUAGACAUCUGAGCCGUUAUUCCACCAUAAAACCACUCUCAAUUUUCUAUACUUGCAGUGUAAUACUUAUAAUUUGAUAUGAAACUCAACGACCAGGACAAAUAAAACCAGAACCGAUAAAUCCAGCGCUGUACGAGAAGGUUCUGAAGCAGUAAAGACAUGAACACCUUCUGAAAACACUUAUUAGCUGAGAUCCUCUUCACGUCUCAAUAAAUGAAGUCUUCUGAAAUAAUGAGCAUUUAAUUAAAAGUAAGAAAGUGGAACAGAACUGGAUCCAAACCCACCACAGCCAUUUAGACCAGUCUCAGUGUUCAAUAAACCAGAUUUUAGUUGUUUACCUUCAUGACUAAGAACGUAAUGUGAUGCAAUAGAUUAUGGGGCUAAUAUACGGGGCUAUUAUCUUAUAUUGUUUGUAUUUGUGUGAUUUAACCAUUGAAUGAAGGCAAAUGCUGUAAAAUUCUGUUAUGCACCAAAGGAAUUAAGGGAUGAAGUUGGAUUUUCUGUGGAACAUUGAACUCUUCAGAGAUCAGUGAAGGUUAAUGUUCGAUAUCCUCUGAGUCUCAACAUCUGUAAAACCUCUGUCCUCUGUCGUAGCUGUUUUAUAAAUUCAGAAACUGUCCUGUUGGAAUGUUUUAUACCGAAACUUAAUGAUGACUAGAAGAAGAAGAAGAAGAGAAAGAGGAGGUAGAGCGGAGGUUUGUCGUUUCUGUGCCUGUGUGUUUGUGAAGUCCACUUCCUGUUGUAGUUUCCUGCUCUGAUGUUUCUGAUGAACUAUUAAAGCAAACUGCUCUGGAUCUGAAA